AUGCAGAUUUUCGUCAAGACUCUCACCGGCAAGACGAUCACUCUUGACGUCGAGCCGUCUGAUACCAUCGAAAAUGUGAAGGCGAAGAUCCAGGAUAAGGAGGGAAUUCCCCCAGACCAGCAGCGUCUGAUUUUCGCCGGCAAGCAGCUGGAGGACGGCAGAACUCUGUCCGACUACAACAUUCAGAAGGAAUCCACCCUCCAUUUGGUCCUUCGCCUGCGUGGAGGCAUCAUCGAGCCGUCCCUUGCUCUGUUGGCCCAAAAGUACAACUGCGAGAAGAAGGUCUGCCGCAAGUGCUACGCUCGUCUUCCCCCCCGUGCCACCAACUGCAGAAAGAAGAAGUGCGGCCACAGCAACCAGCUCCGCCCCAAGAAGAAGCCCAAGAACUAA